AAAGGUAGCAGUGUUGUCACAGAACAAACGAUGAACAUGGGAAGUGGAUACGUAGCGACUUGUACGCCAGUUUAAGACAUGUUUGGGCAUUGGAUGGAUAAUACAUUAUAUUAAAAAACAGCCAAUAUAAAUAACAACACAUUCGCAAGAACAGCUGUGUAUUUUCAGCCUUUUUUAAGCAGCUGUGUCUCCACAUGAACCAUUAGCGCAGGUAAAAGUCUCCGGUCAAUAAUGUCCCUCUUCGAUUUAAACAACGAUGACUUCUGUGUCAGUUUUGAGUUUGUGGCUGCAGCGGGCUUUGUGGAGUAUGGUUUCCUGCUGCUUUGGACUUUUAAUCAAUUUCCCGGCUGCUUUCGACAACCACUCAUUCAGCUUUAAAUGGGUGAGAGCUUUGAGAGACGAACCGAAAAGAGAGGCCGAGUUUUUGCUUUGAAAAUAAUUCUACAAUCAAGACUGGAGAAUCGGAGCUGGACUUAGGAGGUGGACGUAUCAGAUGCUGCAGCUAACACAGGCACACAGACAGAGUUGAGGCAGGUGUUUAGCCUCCUCAUAACUACAGUGUACGCGUCUGUCAAUCAGGUCAGCCAUCACUCCUUUAGGAUCAGGUGAGAGAAACAAGGGUUUAGAGGAGGAUGGACUGCAAAGAGCGUACACACAGAGAUUAGACAGUAAAUCACAGGAGACUUGAGUGGGAUCCAUAUAGAAAGUGUGGAGUAUGGAUGGGUGAACGGAUGAAGAAAGGCUGGACAGCACUGAAUAAAUAAGUUGCAGAUGAAUUACUUUCUGCUCGUAGCAACAUGACAGAAUUUUGGCAGGAGCACUCAAAGGGUGCUACAGUGGAGGAGAUGAUGCUGGACUCUCGGGCUCAGGAGCUGACCCAUCAUGAGCUUCCUGAGAUCCUCUCCAUGCUGCCCUGCCUGGAAGGAUCCAGAGUGCUGGAACUGGGAGCUGGCAUCGGUCGCUACACCAGCCACCUGCUGACCAAGGCCGCUCAUGUGACAGCUGUUGACUUCAUGGACAGCUUUGUGGAGAGGAACAAGCAGGACAACGGUCACCACAGCAAUGCUACCUUUCUCCAAGCUGACGUCACAAAGAUGGAUGUCCCCAAAAACAGUUUUGACUUCAUCUUUUCUAACUGGCUACUGAUGUACCUGAGUGACGAGGAACUGAAGACCUUCAUAGAGCAGUCGCUGAGCUGGCUGCGUCCUGGGGGUUUUCUUUUCUUUAGAGAGUCGUGCAAUCAUCGAUCAGGUGACUCCAAGAGGGACUUCAACCCCACCUGCUACCGCACUGAAGCUCAAUACAGCUACUUGGUAUCAUCACUUCAAGUGGAGGACACAGAGGGGGACCAAAAGUUUGGAUACGACAUUGUGUUGAAAAAGAAAGUUCAAGCAUAUAUUGAGAUGAAAAACAAUCCAAAUCAGAUCUGCUGGCUGCUGGAGAAAGUUCCUCGCUCCUCCAACAUGCAGAACGGAUUCAGCACCUUCCAGCAGUUCCUGGACAACCAGCAGUACACCAACACGGGGAUUCUUCGCUAUGAGAAGAUGUUCGGAGCUGGUUAUGUUAGCACAGGUGGACCCAGCACGACCAAGGAGUUUGUGGACAUGUUGAACCUCAAGCCAGGGCAGAAGGUUCUAGAUGUUGGCUGUGGCAUUGGCGGAGGCGACUUCUACAUGGCAAAGACCUUUGGAGUGGAGGUGCUUGGCCUGGACCUCUCUGACAACAUGGUGAACAUCGCCAUGGAGCGGGCAAUCACAGAAAAACUGCCAUCAGUCCAGUUUGAGGUGGCUGAUGCCACCAAGAGGAUGUUUCCAGAAGGCUCUUUUGAUGUGAUCUACAGCAGAGACACCAUCCUGCACAUAGAUGACAAACUGGCCCUCUUUAAGAACUUUCAUUCAUGGCUGAAGCCAGGUGGUAAGUUACUUAUCAGUGACUACUGCUGUGGGGAGAAGCCCUGGACAUCGGUGUUUGAAGCCUACGUCAAACAGAGAGGCUACGUCCUCUAUACACCCUCACAGUAUGGCAAGUUCAUUGGGGAAGCUGGUUUCUGUAAUGUUCUGGCAGACGACCGGACAGCCCAGUUUAUCCAGGUGAUAAAGACAGAGCUGCAGAGAGCCGAGGCAAUUAAGGAUGAAUUUAUUGAAGAGUUCUCUGAAGACGACUAUCUUGCAAUAGUAAAUGGAUGGAGAGAAAAACUGGGACGCACCAACAGUGGAGACCAAAGAUGGGGACUCUUCUAUGCAACAAGGGAUUGAGUGGUUGCAGUCAGAAUGGAGAAGAUAAUUACAGAAAACACAGAAUGUUUUUCCUUAUUUUCUUAUUGUCUGUGCUUUUAUCUUUAGCACUUUAUUUAAAGUGAGUUUCCAGUAUCAUGUCCAUGUGCUGACUAAGGAGUUGGAAAAUAUUACAAAAUGAUCUCAGUAUUAAUACGUUACAACAGUGCCAAAUCACCUCAUACAUAAAUAUAUUAUUGAUUGGUUUAAAAAUAUCUGUUCAACCAUAAUUUAAUGUAUAAUCCUGUUUUUAUUUUAAGAAACAUUAUCUUUCAUUUAAACAUGAAAAAUAAAGUCUUAUCACAACUUGUUUGUAUAGAACAACAGUGAAUAAGACAAUGUUGUUCUAUUGCUCUGACCUGCUGGUUGUAAGAGAUACAAGGGCCUAUCUCCGGCCAUUCAAGCCCUCCUGGGGUCUCCUACAAAAUUCAGGACAUCUUUUAUCAUAUCGAUGUAAGCAGGAAUGGACCAGGUUUAUUUAGUAUGCAGUUUGUAGAGACAAUUCCUUUAACUAUCAGCUCAUCUGCCAGCAAAGUCAAAAACAUUAAGGACUAUAAAAACAGCAAAGGUGCACAUUUAAUCACCUCUAACCCCUUUUCAACAGCAAUGGUUAAUAAAUUCAACCACAGCACAAUGUACAAGAGGCAUAAUUUGUACAGAAUCAGGCUUUUCAAGCUCUUUUACUUAAAAAAAAAAGAACUUUUGUAAUUUAUUUUGUAAUUAACAGUUAACCUGUUAUCAUCUGUUCUUUCCCUGUAAAAUAAUAAGUGGUACAAAGCAAUAAAAACACUUCACUGACAA